ACACACGCUGGGUGACACGGCUUGUCCCACGCUAGGAUUUUGUCAGUGAAAGCUUGAAGAUCUAUUUGAGGAGUUUCACAACAUGGACCUAAAGGAUUUUUGCCUAACUGAGAACUUCCACUUUCUGAAGCACAGCCAGUCUCCGUCCCCCUGCGAGCCAUCUGUCAAAGCAGACCCGCCCAGCCCCACCUUCGCUCUGGACAGCACCACGCCGUUCAGCCCGGGGUCCACUUCGGACAGCAGCGGCUACAGCCUGUUCUCGCAGAGCCGCUCGCUGGACCCGGAAUCCCCGAGUUCCAGCAGCAACGGCAGCUGUGCAGCGCCCGACUCGUGCAGCGCCCCGCGCUUUAGCUCCCAGGCAGACUCCAUCCUCAAGUGCAACUACAUAACAACGCUCAGCUCCGGACCCAAACGACUGUGCCUGGUGUGCGGCGACUUCGCGUCAGGCUACCACUAUGGAGUAGCAUCCUGCGAGGCUUGCAAAGCCUUUUUCAAGAGGACCAUACAAGGAAACAUUGAAUACAGCUGCCCGGUUCUGAACGAGUGCGAGAUCACCAAGAGACGGAGGAAGUCGUGCCAGGCCUGCCGGUUUCAGAAGUGCCUGAGAGCUGGCAUGAUGAAGGAGGGGGUUCGAAUGGACCGGGUCAGAGGCGGACGGCAGAAAUACAAGAGGAGGGCGGAUUUGGGGGUGUCGCUCUUCAUCAAAGCUCCCUACUCACACCCAGUCAAGUCCACACGUGAGAACCCCGUCCCAGGGCAGGGGAACAAGGUCAUUUCUCAUCUUCUGGCGAUGGAGCCGGCCGCAGUCCGAGCCACGCCCGACAACUCCACCGAGGACGACAACCUCAGAACCCUCAUGACCCUGUGCGACCUCCUCAACAGGGAGCUGCUCGUCCUGAUUGGCUGGGCCAAGCAUAUCCCAGGCUUCUCCGCGCUCUCAUUGGUGGACCAGAUGGCCCUGCUGCAGAGCGGCUGGAUGGAGACCCUGGUGCUGUCAGUGGCAGCGCGCUCGAUGGGCUCCUCCGAGGAGCUGGUGUUUGCGGAGAACCUGCGCCUGGACCGGGCUCAGUGCCGGGCCGCGGGGCUGCUGGACCUCCACACCGCGCUGCGCCACCUGCUGGCCAAGUACCAGCAGAUGGGCCUCAGCCCGGAGGAGAUGGUCACGCUCAAAGCCAUCGCCCUGGCCAACUCAGGUAACGGCCACCUGGAGAACCCGGAGGCGGUUCAGCGCUUCCAGGACGGGCUGCACGAGGCCCUGCAGGAGCACGAGGGCGCGCAGAGCCCAGGGGACCCCCACCGGGCCGGGAAGCUGCUGAUGACCCUGCCCCUCCUGCGGCAGACCGCCGCCCGGGCCGUGGAGGCCUUCUGCCGGCUGCACCUGGAGGGCCGCGUGCCCAUGCGCAAGCUCUUCCUGGAGAUGCUCGACGCCAAGAUGUGA